CCUCAGGAUUUUGAGGCCUGUAGGGCUUUUUGCCCAUGCCGAUCAUCGGCCCUGCCUCUAUCUUCCUCUCUCAAGCUCUCUCUCCUUCAGCUCUCAUAUACACACUGCUGUUCUCCGGGGACUGAGGUACGAUAGUUGAGUUUUGCCGUGACUGUGAGCGGAUUACUCUGUACUUAUUUUAUCCUGUGAGCGAUAUUGCGACAACCCGUCAUGUAGUGGGACAAUUAUCACUUCAAUCUAGUUUUCAUCAAAGGGUUAGGUGACUCAGCUGUUUAGUAUUCUUAUUCGAGCGACGGUAUAAGCCUUCCAGAAUCGAAAACAGGAUGUUUCCGGGGAAGAUAAACGUCAGCUAUAUACACACGUUCCCCUGUUUUGCUCUGUCUGUGGCUCCAAGCUUAGCUAGGCAGAGACUUUGCGAAAAUUAGAAUUUGGCAGUGGCCUAAAUACAGUUUUUCUAUCACAAAGACCCGAAUAUAGGUACAGUUACACCACAUAUCUUACUUUGGACGAGUCUGAGUGAAUUUUCUUUGGCUUUAUUAUCUUGUAUGACUGUCCGGGUGUUAUAUCAACACACUAUAAAAAUAUCCCACACUCGCAGACAUAUAGUGCUCAAAAUUGUCUCGAAAAAUCAUGGUGAACAUGGAAGCCGAAACUCAUGCCUCACCUCAUGAAAGGCUUAGCCCCUCCUUGAAAAACACUCUGCUAGUAAUAAACUGCAUGGUCCUCUCAAUUGGACACUGUGGCGGUCCAUUAGUCACGCGGCUCUAUUUCAUCCAUGGCGGCAAAAGAGUCUGGCUAUCAAGCUGCCUCUUAACCGCGGGCUGGCCAUUCAUUUUGGUAAUUUUCUUAGCCACCUUCUGGUUCCGUCGUGCCACCCUCAGUGACUACACGGCCAAGCUCUUCAACAUUAGACCACGCUUGUUCCUGGCCUCUGCUGUCAUUGGUAUUCUCACCGGUGUCGAUGACUACAUCUAUGCAUAUGGCGUCGCAAGACUGCCCGUGUCCACAGUCGCGCUAAUAAUUGCUUCACAACUUGUAUUCACUGCAGGUUUCGCAUAUUUACUGGUGAAGCAAAAAUUCAGCUCGUAUUCGGUGAAUGCUGUUGUUCUGCUGACAAUAGGAUCCGGAGUACUAGCUCUGCAUACGAGCAGUGACAGACCGGAUGGAGAGUCGAAAAGAGAGUACGUUUUAGGGUUUGUUAUGACGCUUGGAGCCGCGGCCUUGUACGGAUUCAUACUGCCAUUGAUUGAGUUCACAUAUCAGAAGGCCAAGCAAGUUAUUGAUUAUCAGUUAGUGAUGGAGAUUCAAAUGGUCAUGUGUUUGUUUGCCACUCUUUUCUGCAUUGUGGGGAUGCUUAUCAACAAUGACUUUAAGGCAAUACCAAGAGAAGCAAGAAACUUUGAACUGGGAGAAACGAAGUACUAUGUAGUACUGGUUUGUAGCGGAUUGAUAUGGCAGUUUUUCUAUUUAGGAGCCGUCGGAGUUAUAUUCUGCUCAUCAUCGCUCUUAUCGGGUAUCAUUAUAGCGGUUUUACUUCCGGUUACAGAAGUUUUGGCUGUUAUUAUCUACCGAGAAAAGUUUCAAGCGGAGAAAGGAGUGGCUCUCAUUCUUUCUCUCUGGGGAUUUGUUUCUUACUUCUAUGGCGAAAUAAAACACAACAGAAGAAUAGAAAAGAGUCGCAGGGCUGAAAUGGAUCUGCCUUGAGAUCAAAUUGUUGUUCCAUCAGUGUAAUAUCUAGCAUGUAUAGUGUACUCUGUUUCUGUAAUUUUGUGUAAGAUUGAGAAAGACGGAGGACUGUCUGCCGAGUGAUGCUCUUGAAUCACUUUUUAAAAUAUAAUAUCAAUAUGUGACUCCCAGUG